AUGACAAAUGAGGAGCAUGAUGAAGACAGAGAAGCAUGGCAAGAGUUGCAUGAACUAAUUCAAAAUGAAGGCCCAGUAAAGAAGAUCCAGGCUUCAGCCAUGGCCUUCAAACAGAUGGAACAGAUUUCUCAGUUCCUACAGGCAGCAGAGCGCUACGGCAUCAAUGCCAAUGAUAUCUUCCAAACUGUGGACCUCUGGGAAGGAAAGAAUAUGGCCUGUGUGCAGCGGACACUGAUGAACCUUGGUGGUCUGGCAGUGGCCAGGGGUGAUGGGUUCUUCUCUGGAGACCCUAACUGGUUCCCUAAGAAAUCCAAGGAGAAUCCUCGAAACUUCACAGAUAACCAGCUACAGGAAGGCAAGAACGUCAUCGGGCUGCAAAUGGGCACCAACCGUGGGGCAUCUCAGGCGGGCAUGACUGGUUAUGGGAUGCCACGCCAGAUCCUUUGA